CGCCCCCCGCCGUGGCGCGCCGCGAUGGAGCCGGGCCCGGGAGCGGGGCCGGGAGCGGGGCCGGGAGCGGGGCCGCAGCGCUGGCCCCCGGCCUCCUGCGUGCUGACGGGCGCCUCGCGGGGCUUCGGGCGCAGCCUGGCGCGGCUGCUGGCCCCGCGGCUGGGCCGGGGCUCGCUGCUGGUGCUGCUGGCCCGCUCCGAGGCGCCGCUGGCCCAGCUGGCGGCCGAGCUGCGGGGCGCCGCCGCCCCCGGGCUGCGGGUGGAGUGCGUGGCCGCCGAGCUGAGCUCCCAGCAGGGGCUGCGGAAGGCGGAGGAGGCCCUGCGGGAGCUGCUGCCUUCGGCGCCGCCCGGCCCCCUGCUCGUCGUCAACAACGCCGGCUCCCUGGGAGACAUCUCCAAAUCCUUCCUCGACCUCACCGACCCGGAUGAAAUCAACACCUACUUCGCCUUCAACGUCACCUCGGCGCUUUGCCUCACCACCGCCGCCCUGCAGGCCUUCGGGAAGCGCCCCGGCUCGAGCAGGACGGUGGUGAACAUCUCCUCCCUCUGCGCCCUGAAGCCCUUCAAGAACUGGGCGCUGUACUGCGGCGGGAAGGCUGCCCGGGACAUGAUGUUCCAGGUGCUGGCGCUGGAGGAGCCCGACGUCCGCGUGCUCAACUACGCCCCGGGUCCUCUGGACACGGACAUGCAGCUCUUGGCCCGCACGAAGACCGGAGACCCCGAGAUGCGGCGGCAUUUCCAGAGCCUGCAGGAGAGCGGGCAGCUCAUAGACUGCUCCGUGUCGGCCCAGAAGCUCCUGAAGCUCCUGGAGGAGGACGCCUUCAGCUCCGGCGCCCACGUGGACUUCUACGACGUCUGAGCUGCUCUCACCUGGCCCCUCGUCUGCGUGCUUUGCUUUCUUACUUCUGUCAGCCGAGCUGCCCCUUGAGUCGGGGCUUUUCCGAAGGAACGGGCACGGGGGCUUAGAGCUCUCCUGUGCAGGCACGUGUGCGAGCCGGGGAGAUAACGGGGUGCGUGAGGGCAGCUCGGAGGGGAAGGAGCCCCCAGAAGGUCUGGAGGAGCUCCCCAAGCCAUCCCCUUGCCCUGCAGGAGCUGUGUGCUCAGCAUCUGAGCACGUCACCAAAGCCCAGAAGAGCUGUGGCAGGGCAGAGGAGAUGGCUGUCACCCCCUGACUUCCCUAUCUCACCAGAGACCCUCCUGCAGCUCGGGGGCUCUCUGCACAGCCCGGAGGGUUUGGGAGCAGAGCCGAGCCUCUCCCGGUGCUGCUUGCAGGCAGGGAGCUGCCAGGAGAGGGAGCUGCCUGCGCGGGAGAUGCGAACACCGGGGUGCCUGCCCGGGGCUCCGGCUGCACCAACCUGGGCACAAGCACAGCCCUGGGCGAGGGUUUGAUCACUGCCCCGAGUUUGUGCCCUGCUCCUGUUUGAACGGGUCCAGGCCUGGGGCUGGGGCUUGAGCCUGUCCUGGGUUGUUCUUUUAGUUAUUUGUGGGCUUUUAUCCUCGUUUUUCCAUCAGGUUCCAUAAGCUGUAAGCCCACCCCUUGUAGUGACAGAGGCGGGACAAGCACAGCGCUGCCGGCGAGGCUGGCACCCCCUGCCUGCCCCAGAAACACCCAGUGUCCCUCCCAGCUCCGUGACAGCAACCUUCUGCCACCCUGUUCUUGCAGCCCUGCAUUCCAAUGUUAUUUUUCUGUCUACCUGCAUCUACAAUCAUUAAAAGUUUCCUGUCUGGUCUGGA